GCAAAAUGCCCAAGAAGCCGUCAUCGUCUUGCCGGGAGGACUCUCCUCCCGUGGACGAACCGUGCCUUCCGAGCCAGCACCGCACCGAGCGGCUCAUUUUCCCCAAGCCCCUCAUUACGGUCGAAGGAAUCGCUCGGGCUCCGCUGAAUCCGGGCGAUUUUGCCAGCCUACAUCAGCGAACGUACGAGCUGCGGCCGGAAUGGUUCGAGGGUUUCCAGCUGAACGCGUCCAAGACGUUGGCCGUACACCGGAUCGUCCGUGCCAGCUGGAAUUUGAGCCACGUCACGCCGACGGGCUUCCGCGUUGGCGCUCAACUGCAGCGACGGUGCAGCGACAGUGUUCUGAAAACCCCACUCGUGGCGUUCGACGUCAAUCCCGGAACGUUGUCCUCGAACGUGUCCCUGCUAUAUCGGCCGGUCGCAUCCGUCUGUUGUGAGAUAAAUGUCCAAGUGCCUCCUCGAGGUGGUUCUGGUACCGAAGACCAAGGACCGGUGAUUGAUAAGGCAUCGUUGCAGCACACCGGGUCUAGCACCACGACCACGCUUCGGUGCUACCGGCCAGGUCGGGACUCGUGUCGGUUGACGCUGGACCACUUAAUGAGCUACAACGAUCGGCUGGCCAUCGGGGGUGAGUUGCUGUACGAGUGGUACCGGAAUACCAGCAAUGCUCAGAUUGCACUUGCAGCGAGGUACAAUCACGAGCGGCACUCGUUUGCGGCCACCGGUUCGCGCGAAGCCUUUGACCUGAGCUACUGGCGGCGGGUCAACGGUCGGCUGCAGAUUGGAUCUUCGCUGGCGUGCAGCUACCGCGAGGGCAAAGCCAUCGGCACCAUAUACUACCGGCUGGAGCACCCGGACUGUACCGUGCGGGGCCUGUUCGACUCGGACUGGUCCAUCGGGUUUACGUAUCAAAGAAAGCUGUCACAGAUGCCGAUCGUGGCCGGCCUCAGUCUAUUAUUCUGCAUCCCGAAAAACACAUUCCAGAGCGGAUUCAAAAUUGAUUUGGACUCUAAUUUGCAAUGAUCGGCCACGGCGUGCGUGCGUGCGUGCUGGUGAACGUGGACGGAAUUUCCAGGAAGCUGCUUCCGGUAUAAUCGGCUUGUGAAAUUUAGGGGUGCGAAA